CACUUGUGCGUCCGGGACAACCAGCCGACAGGAUGAAUGGAUACGGCUCUCCGUACCUGUACAUGGGGGCUCCGGUGUCCCAGCCCCGGGCCCCGCUCCAGAGGACCCCGAAGUGCGCCCGGUGCCGGAACCACGGCGUCCUGUCCUGGCUCAAGGGCCACAAGCGCUACUGCCGCUUCAAGGACUGCACCUGCGAGAAGUGCAUCCUCAUCAUCGAGCGCCAGCGCGUCAUGGCGGCGCAGGUGGCGCUGCGCCGCCAGCAGGCCAACGAGAGCCUGGAGAGCCUCAUCCCGGAGUCCCUCAGGGUGCUGCCCGGCAUCGGCCUGCCCGGGCCCGGCGAGGGGAGCCAGGGAACCCCGCAGAGCUCCGACGAGCUGGAGCUGAGGUGGAGCAGCUCGGAGCCGGUGCAGGCAGCAGCGCAGACAGCAGGUUUUCUCUGGUUUCACUGGGAGAAACGUGAGUUGCCUGUGUUGUUUCCUCGGUUUUGUGUUUCUCUGCUGACACGUGUUGUGUUUCCUGCAGAGACGGAGGACGGAGCUGAUGAUGCGUCCGGAGAAGAGAACUCCUCCAGCGAGAAGGAGCAGGAGCCGCUCAGCUCCCCGGAGGCCUCCAAGCCAAACUCCUGCUACACCCCGGAGCCCCCGGAGCCCCCCACCCAGCCGGAGGAGAGCCGCUACAGCCUCCCCAAGGCCGGCACCGAGAAGGAGGCCAAGACCGAGAGCCCCCCCCACAAGUACCCGGGGGCCCCCGUGGAGCAGAGCGUCCUGAUCGAGGGCCUCGCGGGCUCCAUCAACCUGCCCUUCAGCCUCCGGGCCAACCGCCCCCCGCUGGACGUGCUGAAGAAGAUCUUCCCGGCCCACAAGCCCCCGGUGCUGGAGCUCAUCCUGCGGGGCUGCGGGGGCGACCUGGUGGGGGCCAUCGAGGUGCUGCUGUCCAGCCGGAGUCCGGACGCACACACGCACACUGACGCGCACCCGGACGCCCUGGUGCUGCCCUCAAACGGACACCUGUUCGAGCACGCGCUGGGCUCGUACCACCCGGUGUCCUCCUCCGCCAAGUGGUCGGUGGGCUCCGCGUUCCGCGUGCCCGAGUCCCUGCGGUUCGCGGCCGACCCGGCCUCGGGCCCGCUGGGUGUGCCCCUGCAGCACCCGUCCUUCCCGCAGCCCACGCGCUACCCGCUCAUGCUGCGCAACUCGCUGACGCGCAGCCAGGCGGGUCCGUUCGUGCACAACGACGUGACCCUGUGGAAUACCAUGGCCCUGCAGCAGCAGUACCAGCUCCGCUCGGCCGCGCAGUACGUGUCCCCCUUCUCCCCCGGGGCCCCCGCAGGACCCGGGGGCCCCGUGUUCCGCAGCGCCCCCAUCCUCCCGUCCAGGGCCCCCGAGGAGCCGCGCAUCAGCAUCCAGGAGGAGAGCUGCACGCUGGGGCCCAAAGCAGGCCUCUACUCCCCCGAGGAGGAGUACGAGGAGCGGUCGGACUCCGCGGACUCCCGCAUCCUCAGCUCCUCCACCUGA